AGAAGCACGAGAUAGAGCUUAUCAGGCUGUAGAGGAAAUUAACUGGCCAGGAGGGUUCUACAGGCGAGAUAUCGGAUGGAGAGCACUUCCCCAAAAGCAAUUUGCCUCACAAGGAAAAAGUAGCUUGAAAAUAUACUAUACAUGAUGGAGAACGUUCAAGUGGGAUCUCCCCAAGUUGCCAAUGGAGUUGUUCCAGUUCCGCCUCCAUUACCUGGUCCAACAACCAGUUAUAAUCAAUUGAAGGAUGGAUCUCCAUUAAGAGGGUACAGUUGUGUCUCCACAGCAACAAAAGAUUUGUGGGAGAAUCUCUCUGACUCAGGCUUUAUUAACACUGAUUAUGAUGGCAUCAUCUAUGGCCAUGCUAAUAUUCUUGGCAUUGCUUCUCCUACUAUGAGAGGGAUCCUGAAGCAAUCAAAAUGUCAUGGACGUUGGCGAUCUCUCUCAAUUCAUGGUGUUCCACCAAAUGCAGUUAAAAUUUUUAUAAGAUUCUUGUACUCUUCCUGUUUUGAGAAAGUAGACAUGGAGGAUUAUGUCUUGCAUCAGUUGGUUCUAUCUCAUGUGUUUGUGGUUCGUCGGUUAAAGCGGGAGUGUAAAUGUUCACUAGAGGAAGGUUUGCACACCAUGCCAUACCCCAAUCGGUAGCCUUAGCCUCCCGUUUAUCACCACAGUAGCCAAAUCGUUGCCAUCUCCUCCAUUGCAUCCACACAUGACACCACAGCGAUCGCUAUUGCAUAAAAGUUGACCUUGAUAUAAGCUUUCCAACUCAUCUUCAAGAAUCUCAAUGGACUUUUAGAACUCAAGUUAUACCCAAUUAUUGAU